GGGCCCAACUAAAAUUAAAUAUCCAAAUAAUACAUCACAUAUAGGGAGUACGCCUGCAUGUCAAACUGUCAUGACUCCUGUGUGCUAUCGCGACAAGUCGCUGCUGUGCGGGGACUUUUAUGAUCUUCCCUCCGCUCCCUGAUGAGAACGUGGAGAUAUUUUGAACACAAGCAAGACUCAACAUAUAUACAUGUAGCUCCUGCUUGUAGAUCUGCUAUCAUUUCAAUUGAGUACUUCUGGUAUCCAUGCUCAGUGUCAGUGAGUGAGCAAUGAGUGAUCAGAUUCAGCAUAUUCAUGUUCAGAAAGCAUCAACUUCAAGAUGUGGCCUGGAGCCAAAUGUGGCACUCAGUCACAGUCAAGAGAAGGAGCAAAUUGGGAUCGGAUUGAUAGAACUUCCCGACGUGAUUCUGUGGCAGAUUUUGCGACAUACUUCAUAUGAGCACAUGAGUGAAUUGAGACUGGUUUGCCGUCGUUUCAACCGUGUGUGCCAAGACAUGCUCAGUCAAGGCAGUCGGCUGCUGAGCCGCUACCACGCCAAAUGUUUUAAGAGCCUGAAGGCGCAGUUGCCCAAGCGGGAGUCAGAGAGGCGGGAACACCCCCUGGCCAAACGCUGCGACAUACUGUCAGCGGUUGAGACACGGCUCUCACUUCUGUCAAUGACCUACAGCAAGUACAUGGAUCUGCAGCUGUGCUGUUUCAUCCCUGGCAAGGUUAUUGAUGAAGCAUUCGCAGUUCUUCACCACGUGCAACAUGCCCAGGAUCUUCAGCCGAUGUCUGAGCUCCUCAAAGAGUUGAGAGAUAUCUCCUCUAUGGCCAUCGAGCACUUUGAUGAAGAAAUUGUGCCAACUCUCAAGAAGAAGAGAGCCUAUCAAGGGCCUCCAAGCCUACCAGGGGAAGUUCUUCCAAACAACAACAUCUUCAAGCAGAUCAUUGAGUUGAAGAUGAGCUUGAAGAAGCGGGACAACUUCACGGCCGCCCUGUCCCGUAAGGUCAACACCUGUGUGGCCCAUCGCAAGCUGAUUGCCGAGCAGGGCCAGAAGAUCCUGCAGCAGGAGCAGGUGAUUGCCGAACUGCGCACCAAGGUUGCUGAGCAGUGCCAGAGCUUGAUCAGCCAGGAGCGCCGGCUGGCCUUGCUGGAGGAGAGGGUGAACCGGUACACCAUGAACUUUGACUUGUCACCCGAGCUAGGCGUGGGAGCUGGGAGUGUGAAGAGGAAGGAGACUGGUGAAGAUGAAGGGAAGGAUGCAGGGUUUAUGUCCAAGAAAUCACGCAAGACAUAGUGAUUCAUUUGUAAUAAGCAUAAAAAGUACUUAUUUAUUGAGGUUGGGGUUUUGUAACAGUCAAGAGAAAUUUACCUCCAUUUUCACAAACACUGUGCCCCUUAUAUACCUUUUUUAAUUGACAAAUUUGAAAGUAAAUACAUGUACUCACUGUUUGGUUUUCAAGAGAGAAUUGAUAUGUCAGAAAUGCUUAUUUCACGCAUACUUUUAUAAUCAUUAGGCAUUUAGGAAAGUGAUGUUUUCAAGAGAGAAUUGAUAUGUCAGAAAUGCUUAUUUUACGCAUACUUUUAUUAUCAUUAGGCAUUUAGGAAAGUGAUGUAGAAAUGUAACAUACAAAAAGUGCUGCAAAUUGCAUGCUGGCUACAGUGACCUCAAUCAGAGGCCUUUUUGCCUGUGAGAAAGAUUCAGCUAGAAUCAAAUUGUCAGGCCCUCAAACCUUUUUAAAUGUGAUGCGGCACAGAGUUUGAUAUUCCAGUAGAAAAGCAUGAUGAGGGAAAAAAAUGUUCACCAUUAGAGUAGGAAUUCUGUAUUCUGAAUGUUACGUUUUCAGAAUACCAUUUUUGAAUGAAUUGUAAAUAGCAGUUUGGCUUUCCAACUGGAUACUGUUAUGAAAUAACCAAAUGUUUGGCAUAGUUGAGUUUGUGACAUCUCUCCCACAGAUUUUUUUCUCUUUACAGAUUGGGGGCAUACGCUUUUUCUCCCAUUAAUUACCACCCAUUCCAGGAACCAAGAGUUUGAAGCUCAAAAACCAAUUCACCACACGAGCAUUUCCUGUAGUUUUUUUGAUUUAUUUUAGGGGGAAGUGCAACAGGCCAAGGUUACUGUGGGACUAUAUCAGUGGCGGAGUUUACUUCUUUAAUUUCUAGUUGGAGAGACAAUUGCAUCUGUAUGGGUGAGGUAUAAUGAAAAGGUAUAAUGGAGUAAUCAAGUGCCGUUUGUGAUUGUUGUCAAUUUUAAGAUUUUUGCAAUGAUGACGAGUGUUAACAAAUUCGACUCCUGUGCGUGCGUUGAUGUUUUGACCAGAGCACCAUACUUCUACUUGGGUCAUGCUAUAAAUGAGGGGUCCAAUUUUUCAUGUCCCUGUCACAUCUGAUAUGUGAUUUUGUAAGUUUGGUACAGUACACAUUCUUUAAUUUCCAAAGAG